AUGCGUACUAAGCAUGACCCAACGUUAAAAUAUAUGGCCAAUGUGGUGGAUUUCGGGGAGUAUAGCAACAAUGAAAUCCAGCGGGCAGUGCUGCCACGAAUAGAAUCUGGUUAUAGUGACACGUUACUUAUUUUCGACGAGUAUAUUCCAAUUGCCGUUAUUCCGCUAGAUAUUAGGACUUGUAGGGCUUUCCUCGAGUGGGUUUUAAGAGGAAUAAACAGUCGGAUCGAGGAACGGCCUAUAGUCGAGACAAUUCAAGGGUUUUUUAGGAAAUUUGCGACUGGUAUAAAGAGAAAACGAAAUUUUGAAUUUCCACUACCUAUAAGGACUACUAUUAAUAAGCUAAGUGCCGCGAUACUCCUAUAUUACUUUACCUCUGCGUGUAUAGGGGAGGUUUAUAAAUUAACCGCUCGGAGACAUAGAGCCCGGGAGAUCGGGGAGGAGAGCGAGGAUACUGAGUUAGAAGCCUAUGUGAUGGCUGCCUAUUAUAAGUAUUUUAAACUCACUAUCGAGAUUGUGGAUGGUAUAAUAAUACUUAUACUUACCUACGAGCGCGAAUUUGUUAAAGGGUAUUAG